AUGGCUGGCACGGCCGACGAAAAGCUGAUGCCGAUGAAUGUGGACGAUAUCGAACUGGAGGCUUCAGGCUACAAACGAGCCAUGCCACGGCGCUUCUCCACCUGGACGUUGUUGGCCUUUGCAUACUCGCUCACCGCGACGUGGAACAGUUUCGGCAGCGCACUGGGGACCAGUCUGACCCAGGCUUCUUCGGGCGGCGCCAUCUGGACACUGACGAUUGCGGGCGUCAUGACGGCCGUCGUGUCCCUGGGCAUGGCUGAGCUGUCGUCGGCAUAUCCGGUGGCGGGAGCGCAGUACUACUGGUCCUUUGUCGUUUCUUCUCCGGAAUGGGCACCGUUUGCCUCCUAUUAUUCGGCGACCAUCAGCACGCUCGGUUGGUGGCUCGGGUUGGGAAGUGCGGCCAAUUUCGUCGCGGCCAUGAUUCUGGCCAUCGUGUCCUUGUGCCAGGAGGGUUAUACACCUCAGCAUUGGCACACAUGGCUGGUGUACGUGGCCAUCAUCUGGAGUGUGAUUGGGAUCAAUGUGUUUUUCGCGCGCUGGAUACCCAAAUUCAAUGCCUUCGUCAUGUACUUUUCUCUGACCACCUAUGUUGUCACCAUCGUCACGAUCCUGGCCUGCGCCGCGCCGAACUUUCGAUCGGGGACCUGGGUUUUCUCGGACACGACGAAUUCGACGGGUUGGGAUAACAACGGAUUGGCAUUCAUCUUCUGCACCAUGAAUGCGCUAUAUGGCUACCUGGGCCUAGAUGCCGGUGCCCAUCUCUGCGAAGAGAUCCCCAACCCAACCGUCAAUGUUCCCAAAGUGAUCGUAAGUUUUACCCCAAGGUCAUGUACACCGGCCUUUACCUACGCCAUCGCUUGUAUGUAUGUGAUCACCGACCUGGACGCCGUGUUGAAUACCCCAACCGGGCUUCCUUUGAUUGAAGUCUACUACCAAGCGACGGGGAGCAAGGCCGGCAGCACGGUGUUGAUGGUGGCCUUUGCUUUGUGUUUCUUUGCGAGUUGCUCGGGCAACGUCACCAGUACGAGUCGUCAACUGUGGUCGGCCUCACGCGACGACUGCUUUCCAUUCUCGAGGUAUUGGAAACAGGUCUCGCCACGGUUUAACAUGCCCCUCAACGCCGCACUGCUGGAAGGGGUCGUUGUUUCGCUAUACGGCCUGAUCUUCUUGGGCUCGUCAUCGGCCUUUUCGUCCAUGGCCGGGGCCUGUAUCGUCUUUAUGACCACAUCGUAUGUCAUUCCCCAAGGGAUCGCCGCAUGGCGAGGCCGCCAGAAGGUCCUACCCGAACGGACCUUUGACCUGGGUCGGUUCGGAUAUCCGCUCAACGUGCUGUCCUGUGUCUGGGUUUUGUUCAUCGAUAUCAUCUACUGCUUCCCGACCAUGAUGCCGGUCACGAAGACCAAUAUGAACUGGAUCAGUGUAAUGGUGGUGGGCUUGUCCAUCUAUGCUCUGUCCGCGUGGUAUCUCUCGCAGAGGCACGUCUUCAAAGGACCCCAGGUCAACGUCAGCUUGUUCAAGGAAGCGCGCAACGAGACGCUCCACCAUCAUGGGCAAGCAACGUUGAUUCACAACGGGCAUCUGGAGGUGAUUGAAAGUGUGGCCGUCAUCGGCGACGAUCUGGCGGCCGACCGGGACGAGAAGACCGCCGUCGUCCCGAAAGAGGAUUGCAUUGCCGCGUAG